AAAAGAGACAGGAAGAUGCACAUAGCAAGCACAUCAGGCAGAGAGUUGAAACAUCCAGAAGGGAUUAUCACCGACCUCCAUCUGCAAAGCUUCAUCUCCCUGCUGCUCCAGCCACCCUCCAGAAGCUCUGUGACAGUUUACUGUUGGGACUCCAUCAUGGCAAAUCCUCGUGCACUGCUUCUCCUGCUGGCAGUCGCUGCAAGCCAGGUCGACCUUUCUCUGUCCCAAUCACUUAAUGCUUCUGUGGAAGUGGACAUCAGCAACUGUUCCAUUAGUUUUUAUGGACGUACAUACUCAGUAAUUGAGGUGUCGAAAAAUCUAACCAAUCGUGCAAUUUGUUUCAAACAUAACUCCUCUGACAUCGCACAGGACUGUCUUUGGACUUACAAUAUUGACCAAACAGACAGAAUAACUGUGCAAUUACUAAAUGAAUCAACACCUGUUGACCUGCCAAACUUCAAGUCCAACAUUUCCAAAUGCUUUGUUUCCAUUGUGUUCAAAGCUAAUGACACCAAUUAUGUUAGUGUUUCUUUUUACAAUGUUGGAGCACAAACAGCUGUGAAAUUCUCUGCGAUGAAAGGCUUUAAAAAUCCAUCUGUUGUCAUGGAAACAAAAAACGGUAACACCGCACUGAGCCGACAAUCUGUUCCAACUGCUUCUGCUGUCAAUGUUGACUGGGACAUAAGCGGAUGCAGAGUCGCAGAUGUUGCUCAUGUGGCCAAUUCAACGAUUAGGUUGGUCGCAGAAAACUGCACUACACACGUGUGUGAUGUCUCUGCUGACAUCCAAACUGUCAGUACAUGUGGAUCCAAGAUUUGCCUGGGCAACAACACGUGUGCUAAACCCCCUGCCGUGUGCACUGUGACUGGCUCCACUGUCAUCGAUUUUUCCAGCAGCAUCCACUCUGUUCCUGAUCGCUGUGUAUACAGUCUGAUUAAGCCUCAAGGAAGCUCUGCCUACAACAUAUUGGCAGGUUUCCUUGAGCGACGCCGUCAAGAUGUGGUGUUUUUGGACCACUUGAUACUGUCACUGAAUGGGUCAAGUGUAAAAAUCUAUCUGGAGCAAGGUGGAAGAGUUCGGGUUGAUAACCAAACACUAACGCUCAACACCACGGGUCAGCUGGUUCACGGUGUGGAGCUCUCCAAGAACCAGACUGUGGUUACUGCCAAGAUACCUUUUGCCAACCUGACAGUCUUUUUUGAUGGCAACACUGCACAUGUGGCAGGGGAUAUACAGGCUGUGGAGGGUUUGUGUGGCAACCCCACUAAUUCCAGCGAGAACAGCACCCUGAGUGCAGCCAAGUCCUCUAAUUACAGUGCAGCCAGCUGUGAGAUUCACCACAACGACACCACUAACAGUACGAUCAACUGCAACCGCACAACUGAACACUGCAAUCUCAUGAAGCAGGCACCUUUCACUGCUUGCCACAGCCAUGCUGACCCAGAGCCCUUCAUAACCGCUUGCAUAAACACUUUGUGCAAAUACCCAGCGGUGGACGGUGUCGGCUGCCAGUUUUUUGAAGCUUACGCCAAGUCCUGCAGCCUGAAACAAUACAUCACAUGGGAGGACUGGAGGUCAAACACCAACUGCUCUGCUGCCCCCCCCUGUCAGGACCAGUACUGCAGUGCUCAUGAGUUCUGCGGUGAGCAGCACGGUGAAUCCCGCUGCUUCUGUCGGGCCAUUUUCGCCUCCAAGUACAGAUCAACAGACACUUUAGGUGAGCCGACAGUCUGCACGCAGAACUCUGCCACUCUUACUCUGGCCGGUUGUCUGAUGGAGGAGAAAAACAUCGACUACUCCACCUUACACCUCAGGGACCAGAACUGCACAGGCCGCAUUAACAAUGAGACCCACAUGGUGACUUUCAGCUUCGACAGCAUCAACACCUGCGGGGCGGAGGUUCUGAACAACAAUAGCCAAGUCAUCUACCAGAACACCGUCAUGUUGAGGAACAUCUCCGACAUCAUCACCCGCUACGACCAAGUAAAUAUCGACUUCUCCUGCUACUACACCAAGCCGGAAGUCAAGAGUGUGUCCUUCAAGAUCAAAGACAGCUCUGUGGUGACGCAGAUUGUAUCUGGAAUUUGGAAUUACACUGUGAUGAUGAACACCUACACUGACUCCAGCCGCAUGCACCUUGUCAAGUCAGACACUGAGGUUGCACUGAACCAGAAGAUCUGGGUGGAGCUGAAGACGGCUGGGCUGGACGCCAAAAUGGUUGCUGUGGUGACCGACUCCUGCUGGGCAAGCAACAGCCCGUCACCUAAUGCGACUGUGCGAUACGACCUUAUUAAAAACAAAUGCCCGAACCCCGUUGACCAGACGGUAAAGGUGGAGGGAAAUGGAAACGGAUUGUCCAAUUUCUUCUCUUUCAACAUGUUCCAGUUCUCUGGGGGUAACGGCCAAGUUUACCUGCACUGCAAACUGGAGCUGUGCCUCAUACAGGGCAACAACUGUACUGUGAGCUGCAGCGGAGGUGGUAGCAGGAAGCGCAGAUCUUCCAGGUCCAAGUAUGCUGAAGAAAACCAAGCCCUCAUCACUAUGACCUGGAGUAAUUAGAUUCCUGACUUAAACCUCAGCCUCUAUAAGGAGCCGGAAAUCUUACUGGAUCUGAAGAAUGUUUAAAAAGAUGUUGGAAAUUCUUUAGUUGUUGUAGCUGUAUUGUAGCUGUUCAGGUUGGUUAAUUCACUUUGGGGUUAUUGUCAAUAUGUAUUUUUAGUGGUCUUUUAAAGGAUUUAGUGGCAUCUAGCAGUGAAGUUUCUCUUCAACUCUUGCAACUAACUGAACACCAAAUGGGCUGUGACUCCACUGUAGAUAAACACACUUUAUUCCAUGGUAACGAAAACACAAUGAUUCUUAUUUUCAGGUGAAUAUACACUCAUUAUUUCUGCAGAAUUUUUGAUGAUUAAAUUGAAUGAAUGAAUAAUAACUAAUUUUGAGAAUAGUUAGGAUGUGUGUAAUGAAGACGAAUAAUCAGAAGUUUGUCAGGCUCAGAAGAUGCGAACACCACAUUAAAAUGGAGAAUAUUUGAUUGUAGUGUUACUAUAAAUGAAGAUUGGCUGUACACGUGACAUUCUGUUGUACCAUUAUUAUGUAAUUAUUGUUAUCUGACAAAAAAAAAAGAAAUAAAGGGAGUGGGUAAAAACAAA